AUGUAUAUUUUUGCUCAUCGAUUGGAACUACUAGAAAAUGCUGAUGGAAAUAUGGUCGAUCCAAGCAAAGAGCAUCGAAGUGAUUUAUGUGCCAGAUGUCAAGCGUUGGGAAAAUCUUGCACGGGAAAGGGAAAUUUCAUCAAGGUUAAGCCUGCUCGAUCAUUGGCUGAUGCUUGGGCGCAUCCUGAUAUUGCUAAAGAUGUUUUUCCUACACCAAAAAGGACUAUAUCCAGUGAUUCGGAAUCGGACUAA